GGAGACGCACAUGGUUUCUACUGGGAGAAAACAGGAAACUGCAACUUGAGGCUGCUGCAGCUCAACACGCUGAAUCUUCACUCAGAGAGAAAAUGGCUUCCAGAUUAGAGGAGAAUCUCUCCUGUCCUGUCUGCCACGACAUCUUCAGAGAUCCUGUUGUCCUGUCCUGCAGCCACAGCUUCUGUAAAGCCUGUCUGCAGAACUGGUGGAGAGAGAAACAGAUAAAAGAGUGUCCAUUCUGUAAGAGACAAUCAUCAAAGACUGAGCCACCGGUUAGUUUGGUGAUAAAGAACCUGUGUGAGGCUUUCUUACAAGAGAGAGAUCAGAGACCUGCAGAGCCUCUCUGCAGUCUGCACUCUGAGAAACUGAAACUCUUCUGUCUGGACCAUCAGCAGACAGUUUGUCUUGUCUGCAGAGAUUCAAAGACACACAACAACCACAGAAUCAGACCCAUCGAUGAGGUUGUUCAGGAUCACAGAGAGGAGCUGCAGAAUUAUCUGAAGUGCUUACAGGAGAAGUUUUUUCUCUUUGAACAAGUUAAAGGAAACUGUGAUCAAACAGCAGAACACAUUAAGGUCCAGGCCCGACAAACAGAGAGGCAGAUUAAGGAGCAGUUUAAGAAGCUUCACCAGUUUCUAGAAGAGGAAGAGGAGGCCAGGAUCUCUGCUCUGAGGGAGGAAGAGGAGCAGAAGAGUCAGGUGGUGGAGGAGAAGAUUGAUGCUCUGAGCAGAGAGAUAGCAGCUCUUUCAGACACAAUCAGAGCCACAGAGGAGGAGCUGAGAGCUGAACACGUCUCAUUCCUGCAGAACUACAAGGCUGCAGUGGAAAGAGUCCAGCAGCGCCCCCUGCUGGAGGAUCCACAGCUGCUCUCAGGAGCUCUGAUAGAUGUGGCCAAACACCUGGGCAACCUGACCUACAACAUCUGGGACAAGAUGAAGGAGAUGGUGUCCUACACUCCUGUGAUUCUGGAUCCAAACACUGCUCAUCCAGAACUCCUCCUGUCUGAAGAUCUGACCAGUCUGAGACGUGAAGAGGAACAGGAGCUUCCAGAAAACCCAGAGAGGUUUGAUCACAUCCUGGCUGUUCUGGGCUCUGAGGGCUUUGACUCUGGGACUCACAGCUGGGACGUUGAGGUUGGAGACAGUGCUGCCUGGAGUGUAGGCGUAGCAGCAAAGUACUUUGAGGGAAGGGAAAAUGAACAGUCUGGAUUGUGGAGGAUAAAGUUCUGUGAUGGUGAAUGCAGAGCCGGCUCCUACAGAGGUCCAGAAACUGUUCUCCCGGUGCAGCAGAAGCCACAGAGGAUCAGAGUGAAUCUGGACCGGGACGAAGCACAGCUGUCCUUCUCUGAUGCUGAUACUAACACACACAUACACACCUUCACACACACUCUCACUGAGAAGAUGUUUCCAUACGUUAGCACUUUGGAUACACUCCCACUGAAGAUAUUACCAGUUAAUGUCUCUGUGACAGUGAAAUGAGUUGGUUAGGAUGAACUGCUGAACAUGUCAAAUUUUGGGUUGAAAUCUGAUGUUUAAUAUCAUUAAAUAUGUUUAUAUGUUGAAUUCUGUUUAUAUGUUCAUGUUGACUAAUGCGUCCAUGCCUCCUGGCUGGGACUGCAGGAUCACCAUCAGGUUUCUUGUUACAUUACCUGUCUGUAAUAUGAAUAUUAUUUCAUUAAUCUUGCUUAAUGGUGAAUCUUCCUCAAUGCAGAAUGAUUACAAUGCAGCUGGUAAACUUCGGUAG